CCAAAUGCCAAAGUCCACCAAACAUACUUAAAAUAUAAGAGAUAAUGGCAGAUGGAAGCGUCAACCUUCCUCCUGGGUUUCACUUCUCUCCAACGGAUGAAGAACUUGUCCUUCACUUUCUAUACAGCAAAGUUUCUCUUUCACCAUGCCAUCCUAACAUCAUCCCUGAUCUUGAUAUUUCUGUGUCUGAUCCUUGGGAAUUAAAGGGUAAGGCGUUGUCAAGUGGAAAUCAAUACUAUUUCUUCACCAAAGUGAACGAGAACAGAACCACACAAAGUGGGUAUUGGAGAGAGAUAGGACUCGCGGAGUCUAUUGUCUCGGCCGUCGACAAGAAAGUGGGAGUCAAGAAGUACCUUGUAUUCGACAUAGGAGAAGCUCCAGAAGGUACUGAAACCAGCUGGGUAAUGCAAGAGUAUCUUCUUUGCUCAUCAGGGAGUAACACGACAUCACAUAGAAGUAACAGAGGAAGAAAAAAACAGGAUCAGAGCCAGAGCAAAUGGGCUUUAUGCCGCGUUUAUGAAAGAAACAGAGAUUCUCAACAAGAAGUGAACUGCUAUGAUGACGAUGAUGAAGAUGACAGCAGAACAGAGCUUUCAUGGAUGGACGAAGUUUUUUUGUCGUUGGAUGAUGAUCUUGAGGACAUAAACCUGACUUAUUAAUAGAAUGACGGUAUAUUUAGUCUUUAGAUUAUAGAAAAGAAGUCCUUGCAUGAUCAAAGUUCUCAGUUACAUGUGUUUGAGUGGGAAUCUAGCUAAGGCUCCAUAACCUGCAGAACCUCUAGGUUAAACUGUAUCUUUUUAGGUAAUGGCUUUGUUGUCGCCUUUCCAACUUCCUGGUAAACCCGCGAAUAUCAGCUUUGUCAAAAUGCAGCUCAUUUAAUUUUCUAUCUUUGUAUGA